AUGCACAGACUGGGCGCUGGCAGUAGCAACCAAGAUGAAGCCGAGUCGCGGCGGGCGUCUGCGCGGCCCAGCGCGCGGGAGAUCACCGUCGAGGUGCUGCUGAACGCCACCAAGCUCAGCGUGGGCAAGCACGAAAACCUCGGCCACUACCUCAAGCGGGUCACGCACUUGGUGCUGAACGGCGACGCCAGCAAGGCCUUGUUCGGGGCCAUCCGCAAGAUCCAGAACCUGCACCACUGCCCCAACUUGAAGGUGCUCUACCUCUACGACAACGAGGUCGAAGUCAUCGAGAACCUCGAUGCGGUGCCGCAGCUCACGCACCUGCACCUGCAAGGCAACUCUCUGUGUCGAAUCGAGAACCUGGAGUCGCUGAGGCUGCUGGAGAAGCUGUACCUGGAGAAGAACGCCAUCUCGAGACUGGAGGGCUUGGCCGGCUGCUUCCGACUGCAGGAGCUCUAUCUGGCCAACCAACGCGUGCCCGAGGACACAUUCUUCUCGUUCGAAGAGGAAACGCUGCGGACCUUGGCGGGAUCUCUGCGAGUACUUGACUUGUUUAAUUGUCGCGUGGCCUCCACCAAGCCGCUUGCAUUGCUACGCAGCCUAGAGCAGCUUGAUCUGUCAAAGAACCUCAUUGAAGAGCUGGAGGAUGUCUUCGCAUUAGUCGGCGGAGUUACAUCGCUAGUGGAGCUGGAUCUCCGGGGCAACCCAGUCACUGGAACAACAAAGUACCGAGAGAAGACGAUAACUUUCUCGUCUGCGCGCUUGACGUUGCUGGACAAGAAAGAUGUGGACCCGAAUCAGAGGCGCAUGAUGCAGUCGCACCUCGCCCACAAAUACAGGAAACGCAUUGAGCCGGCAAGUGCGAAUUCUCGUCGUCAGAGUCCUGAAGAGGGCCGCACCAGUGGGCUCAGCGAGUCUACGCGGAUGCUGAAGCAUGGCGCGACCGUGCACCAGCUCCGCAGCAUGCAGUUCACAGCGUCUCACGCAAAAUUCCGUUCCGAGAGGGGUGGUCUGGGUGUUGCUGGUGCGUCUUGCAGCCCCAGUAGCACGGCGUUGGUGAAGGCAAGCAACAACAACAGCAAAUACAAUUAA